AUGGCGGACCCUACAGAUAUGACGGAAUUCAGCGACGAUCUGCUAGGUCUCAUCCUCUCCCACCUCCGUCUACCAGACCUCGCUCGCUGCGCGUGCGUGUCCCGCACUUUCCUCCGCGUUUUCCUCGACGACCCUCGCCUCUGGCAGCCCGCAUGCGACCGCCGAUGGGGCCACGUCACCUCUCUGCACACGUGGCUGUCCCCUCCCCACCAAUCCUCGCAGCUGCCAUUCGAUCAGCAGCCCCACGAUCAGCAGCAUGGGAAAUUGACGUCCUUUAAGAGCCUCUAUUACGUUCUGGACACGUGGGAGUCACUGAUUGGUUUCUGGCGCGGAGUCGGCGACGGCGGAUUGGGGUCGCUCGUCGCGUUCCAAUGGCGAGACGGCUAUAUCGAGGGCGUGCGCGUGCUUCCCGCAGCGCCGGUUGGCCCGCCAGCCAAUCACAGAGCAGUCGACGAUCGGCGUCGUCGUCGGUACGACGAUGCGCAUGGCGAUCGGCAUUACGAUCGGCAUGUCGAUCGGCUAGGCCAAGAGAGAAGCGUUUCGCCGUACGCUGUCGUCAGGGUUCCUUUCCUUCGCGUCGUCCCCGCACCUAGAGACCACUUCAUACCCGAUAUAGAGUAUCAUACAUUUCGACAAGGGAAAGCAGGUUAUAGCCAGCAGAUGGACGCGUCAGAUGUGUCUUGCUGGCUCGACGCUGAUUGGCCGACGCACGCUGACAAGAUCAUGCUGUCAGCCGGGGCGACCAAUGGCAGCGGGACACGUGGCAGCCAUCACCGUAGGCGCAGUUACAGCAGGGAAGGCGGAGGAUCGUGGGUGCCCGCAGAGGUUAAAUUCGUGUCGGGAAAUCACCUGGUAGUCUCCGCUGGCGGGAAUCAACACGUGUUGGGUUGGCGUCAUGGCGCCGUGGGAAACGGAAACGGAAACGGAAACGGGUUGCGACGUGGAUUAGGUGGUUUCUACGAAAGCGGGAACAGAAAGAUCAGCGGGAGCGACGCGAGAGGCACUAGUCUCAUUGACGACGGGCGGCUUUCCUCGUCGUUACCUCACGCAUCAUCACCAUGGUCAUCGAUGUAUGCGCACUCCCCGUCAUCCCGCGCCCGCCGCGCCUCCGCCCACCCUCCCUCCGCCUCCGCCCAUCCGCGCCCUUCAAACACCCAGGCGUUCCCCUUCUCCCCGCAGCCCUGUCCUCUCUUCACCUCCCCCUUGUCCUCCGCCCUGUCCUCCGCCUCCCCGCACACCCCGUCCCCCGCACCCUCCCCCUCCCCUUCCCCCUCCACUUCCUUCCCCCAGCAAGAGAGCCCUCCCCCAAGGCGCAACCUCCAGUUCGGGUCCCCCUCCCCCUCGUCCCCAUCCCCCUCGUCCCCCUUCCAUUCGUCCCCGUCCCCCAUUUCCCCCGCACCCUCUGUAGCAGCUGGGCAGUGUGAUGCCCGGCCUGACGAAGCUUCCAUGACUCGGUGCGAAUCAGAGCAAGGAGAGCAGGGAAGAGCGCAGGGCGGGAGGGAAGGGGAGCAGGACGCGGAGGAAGGGGAGCAGGGGGAAGAGCAGGACGGGGAGCAGGAAAGCGUGGUGCAGGGAAGGUUGAAGCCUGGGACGCAGGGGACGCAAGGGGGGCAGAGAAAGGUUCAGUUUCAGGUGGACGAUUUGGCCCCUUCCGGUCCAUAUCUCGUUAGAGAGGCCAAGGCAAGCAGCAGAGCUGGUAUGGCAGGUAGGGGAAAAGGGAAAAGCCGCAUAGCUGGUGGAACUGCUGAUGCAGCUGAUUCUGACCGCCUCUCCUCCUCCCUGCCAAACCCCUCCCCCGCCUGGUCCCCUUCCUCCUCCGCCUCCCUCCGCUCCACCUCCCUGCACGCGCCCUUCGAGCUUUACCAAUCGCUGGCGUCCAGGUCAGCAGCCGCAGGCGCCAGCAAGGCGAUGAGGCGGCAGCAGCGGAAGGAGAGGCAGCGGGCGGCAGAGAUAGCCGAGGCCGGGGGGGUGCGCAGCCAGCUUUCCGUUGGGAAUGCUGCUGUGGAGGUGGUUGGGGAGAGAGGGGCGUGGGGAGCGGAAAUAGGUGGGGGAAGGGGGUGGGGGAGGGGAGCGGAGGGGAGGGGAGGGGCGGGCGGAGGGGUUGGUGGUGGAAGGGGUGGAAGGGGCAAGGGAGAGGAGGAGCAUCUGGUGAGGGUGAUGCCUAACCAGCUGGAGCCGUCACCGCUGUGUCCCCUGCAGGGGCUCUGGAAGGUGGGUGGGUGGGCUUUUGAGGGGCGCCUCAAAAGGUAUCUGGGCGUCUGCCAGCACAGCAGCCUCGAUUUCAUCCUGCUCACAUGCACCGAAUCUGGACAUCUGCAGUGCCGCCGGGUGGCGCAGUACAAGCAGCCCCCACCGCACGCCCGCGCGGUUACCACCACCGCCACCCGCAGCAGCGAGCGGCGCCAGCGACGGCGACAGGCGAGAGCACGAGCUGAGGGGAGAGCUGAAAGGAGUGCCGGGGGGAGCACAGGGGGGAGAGCCGAAGGGAGAGGGGGAGGAAGUGGAGAGAGGGCAGCAGGAGAGGGAGCAGUGCGAGUAGAUGAGACAGCAGGAGGCGUUUCAUACGAGGAGGGAAAAGAGAGGGGAGCAAGGGCGGGGAGGGAGAGGGUGGAAGGUGGGGAAAGGAGACAGGGAGGGGGACAAGGGGGAGGAGGAGGAGGAGGGAGAGUGCAUGUGAGAGUGCAAGCAGCUCCGUAUAGCAGUGGGUACAGCAGACCAGGGAAAGCAGGGGCGAUCAGGUGGGUGGCGGAUCUGUCCUCGUUUGUGAGCGCUCCGUUACCGCCAAAAGAGCAGAGGCUAUUUGACCUGAAGCGACCUCUUUUUUGCCCAUCACAGGCAAUUGGGGAGACUGAGAGGAGGGGCGGAGGGGAAACCAGGGAGAGAGUGAGGGAUCAGAAUGGCAGUAGCGUUGCGAAUAGCAGCGGCAGCAGCGACAGCAGCAGCAGCAGCAGCAGCAGUGGGAGUGAGGAGAGCAAUGGGGAGGAGAGUGAGAGUGAUGAUAGUGAUGGUGACAAGAACAGCGGCAAUGGUGGCAGCAGUGGGGGAAGCAGGAGCAGUGGGCAGGCUGCUGCUGCUCCUAUGAUUCCAGGUGGAGCAUGCCGUGGGGUGGAGAGAGAAGCUGGAGUGGAAGAGAUGGAGGAGGUUGAAGAGAGAGAGGUGGUGGGGAUGCUUGUGACUGUGCCGGAUGGUGAUUGUAAUGAGGGUAUGGUGGGCUGCAGCAAGCACCCCAUGGCCGGCAGGGUUUGGCUGUAUGCGAGUGGGGGGUUUGGGUACUGGUCGGCACACACGGAUUAUGUGAUUGAUUACAGGCGUGUGUGGCACAGAGGGAAGCUGUGCCACGAUGCCACUCCGGCAUGGGCUCUGGAGGUCGCCUCUCUUUCCGCCUUCGCCUCGUCCCUCUCCGCGCUCCCCCCUCUCUUCUGGCAAUCGCUCCUCCUCUCCUCUGCGCUCGCCCUCUCCGCCCUCUCGCGCCUCCUCUCCCUGCCCACCGCACCCUCGCUUUUAUCACCCCCGUUACAAGCACCUCCGUCUCAGUCUCAACCCCCACCUGCUCCCGUUCAACCUGGGAUGCCGCAGCAGAGACACGAGCAGCAGCAACAGCAGCAGCAGCCGCAGCAGCAGCAGCAGCAGCAGCAGGGGGUACAGAAGGCGUCUACAGCAGCAGCAGCAGCAGGGCGGGAAGGAAAGGCUGGGGGUGAGCAUGUGAGCGUGGCAGAGCUGCAGCAGGUGGUGGGGUUGGUGCAUGCGCUCUCACGGCAUGUGGAGAAGAUCCAGCUGCACACGCGAGUCACCAGGCGCACUCUCAGAGACCCCAUGCUGCAGAGUAGAGGUAAGAACACGGGCUCGAAGCAGCAGGUGGUGAGAGUGGUGCAUGCGCUCUCAUGGCAUGUGGAGAAGAUCCAGCUGCACAAGCGAGUCACGAGGCGGACUCUCAGAGAUCCCAUGCUGCAGACAUCCAAGCUAGCAGAGGCGACAGCGCAGCAAGUACAAGGCCUUCAAGACGCCCUGGUGGCAUCUAGAAGGGAGUCGGAGGAGGUGCAGCUGCUGCUGCUGGGCGUGCAGGACCAGUCCGUGCGCCAGUUCGACCUCUUUUCUAACUCGCUGCGGCUCCUGCGCUCCCAGCAAGACGCUCUGAAAGCACAGCAGGAGACGCUAAAAUCACAGCAGGAGGUGUUGAGAGACGAGCAGGAGAGGCUUAAGGGGGAGCGGAUGGGUGUCUGGGAACAGCAGGAUGGUUCUGUGCGGUGGGAGCAGGUGGUUGAAGGCAUGCAGCAGCAGUUGUGCGCACAGCAGGACGAGCUGAAGGCGCAGCAGGAGGUGCUAUUGACGCAGCAGGAACAGGUGAGAGCGCACCUGCAGCAGGUGAGGAAUCAGCAGGAGCAGCUAGGGGCGCAGCAGGAGGAGGUGGGGGCGGAGAGGGAGCAGCUUCAGGCAGAACAGGAGGGCAUUCGGAGCGCCCAGGAGGGCUUGCUUGGGGCGCAGGAGAAGCUGCUGUCUCUGCUGGCAGCAGUUCAGCAGCGGCACGAGGACCAGCAGGGUUCUUCUUCCUCUGGAGGGGUGUCUGCGCCGAUCGAUCUCGCUUCUCUGCAGCAGAUGAGGGAGCAGCAGCAGGCGCUAGCUAAAGAGCAGGAGGCGUUAGUUAAAGAGCAGGAGAGGUUAAAUAAGGAGCAGGAGGAGGUGAAGCGGGAGCAGGAGAGGGUGGGGCGGAAGCAGAGGGAGGUGGAGCGGGAGCAGAGGCGAAUGGAGGAGUAUCAGCGGCAGCUGGCGGGAAGGCUGCUGGCGGCUGUGGUGGCUGUGGAGGAGCUGAGGAGGGAGAGGUGGGUGGGUGGAGAGAGAAGGGUGGCUGGGGUGAGUGGGAUGGGUGAGGGUGGUGACACUGGUGGUGAUGAUAGUGCCGCUGAUGCUGGUGGUGAUGCUACUGGUACUGCUGCAGGAGAUGCAGCGAAUGGACGUGCUGGGGGUGCUGCAGCGUCUCCUUCCUCCCCAUCUGCCCCACUGGAGGCAUCGCCACCUGCAGUUGACUAUUGGGCGGAGUGA